UGAGAGGCAAAACCAAGCGUGAAAGAGGGAUAAGAAGAAGGAGAGAAAGAAUGUCCAUGACGACUUCAGAGGCGAGAUCGCCGGUACCGUUGUUAUUGAGAAGAGGUAGGUCUUCCACGGCGUUAGGGACGUCGGAAGAGAGAUCACCGUUAUCUUUACUGUUCAGAAGAAGGUCGAGCAAAGAUGUGGGGAACAUAACGUCCGUUUCAAGCAGUCUCUUGCCUGCGUUUGGGACAGUCAUCGAAAACGAUAAUAACCCUUCUUCCAAAUCUUUCAUCGUUCUUCCUUAUGAUCGUCGUUACAGGUUGUGGGAAUUGCUUUUGGUGAUUUUGGUGGGUUAUUCGGCAUGGGCAUCUCUCUUCGAGUUAGCUUUCGAGAAAGCUGCUGAUGGAGCUAUUCCGACCAUUGAUCUCGUCGUUGACUUUUUCUUCGCCGUCGAUAUCGUCCUCACUUUUUUCGUUGCCUACUUGGAUACUUCUACUUACCUCAUCGUCGACGACCACAAGCUCAUCGCCAGACGGUACUUGAAGAGCGUGGCCUUUGUGAUGGACGUCUUAUCAACGUUACCGAUUCAGUUCAUUUAUAAAGCGAUUACCGGAAAUAUCGGACGAGGCCAAGCUUUCGGCUUCCUUAACUUGCUCCGCCUCUGGCGUCUCCGUCGUGUAGCUGAACUCUUUAAAAGACUAGAGAAAGACACACUUUUCAACUACUUCGUGGUCAGAGUCAUUAAACUUCUUUGCGUAACGAUAUUUUGGCUACACACGGCGGGUUGCAUUUUAUUCUGGAUAGCCUACCAUUAUCCAAGGCCUGUAGAUACAUGGAUAGGAUCACAAGUUGAGGAUUUCAAGGAAAGAAGCAUAUGGCUAGGCUACACAUACUCAAUGUACUGGUCCAUUGUCACACUCACCACCGUGGGAUAUGGCGAUUUGCAUGCAGUUAAUACCCGUGAGAAGACAUUCAACAUGUUCUACAUGCUUUUUAACAUUGGUCUUGCUGCUUAUAUCAUUGGUAACAUGACCAAUCUUGUUGUCCAUAGCGCUCUACGUACAUUCACCAUGAGGAGUGCCAUCAAUCAUAUACUGCGGUAUACAAAUAAGAAUAAGUUACCGGAUAUGAUGAGGGAGCAGAUGCUUGCGCAUAUGCAGCUCAAGUUCAAGACUGCAGAGUUAAAGCAAGAAGAGGUUCUCCAAGACUUACCUAAGGCCAUAAGAUCAAGCAUUAACGAACAUCUAUUCCGCUCCGUGAUCGAGAAUGCUUAUCUUUUUAAAGGAUUCCCUGAUGGUCUCAUCAUCCAGCUAGUUUCUCAUAUAAAAGCAGAGUAUUUUCCGCCUAAAAUGGAGAUAAUAUUGCAGAAUGAGAUUCCAACGGAUUUCUACAUAAUUGUAUCUGGAGGAGUGGAAAUAAUUAGAUCCAAGGGGGCAAGUGAACAGGUAUUGGCUAAGUUAGGUCCAGGGGAUAUGGUAGGAGAGAUUGGAGUUGUCUUCAACAUUCCUCAGCCUUUCACUGUGAGGACAAGGAGACUUUCACAAGUUAUUCGAAUCAGUCAUCAUAAGUUCAAAGAAAUGGUUCAAUCUGAUGUUGACGACGCCAAAAUGAUCAUCACCAAUUUCAUGGCUUAUCUCAAGGAACUAAAUGAUGAAUUGAAGAAAGAAAUCCCUUUUCUUAGAGAUUUAUUAGCCAAUGCAGAUGCUCAGGAAAUGGUCCAGACAGGAGAAUCACAACAAAGUUACAAUGAGGAGAUGGUUACGUUCUCGAAAGAUGAAAAUGAAAAUAAACAAGAGCCAAAAAGAGAGGGAGUUCCCAAGAGAGUGAUAAUUCAUGGGCAUCCUCCUAAUCAAGGUAACAACAAGAAUGGUGAUUCCAGUGGUAGACUUAUCAUUUUGCCUGAUUCUCUUCCACUUCUGUUCGACUUAGCUGAGAAGAAGUUGGGGAAACGGGGAAGCACGAUUGUGAUGGUAGAUGGAGCACAUGUUGAACAGCUUGAUGUUCUUCGAGAGAAUGAUCAUUUAUAUAUUUUCUAACUAAAUCAAUAACACUGUUUUAUUUUUGUUAUCUUUCAUAUUAUGGCCUUCCUUCUUCUUUUUUG